ACCUGCAUUAAGAAUCAAACUGACACAGUUACUAUUAAGGAAAUGUUCCGAUGGACGAAACACGUGAGGUUCAGACAACAUCCCCACAAACGCAGACAGACUGGAGGCCAGCAGAUCACAUCCCAUACAAAACGUGUUCGAGUCAUGCCUCUUUACAUGAGGCAAUUCUUUCAGGACACAACAAUACAAGGUCUCCGGUACAUUGUCGCUCCCAAGAGACACCCUUUUGAAAUGUUGCUGUGGGCUGCGAUCAUCCUCGUGGCCAGUCUCGGUGCCAUAUUCGUGAUAACGGGCAGCUGGGAGCGCUACGUCACCAACCCCACUGUGAUGUCUCUCGAGAAAGAUUAUCGUCAGUGGGCCACGUUCUUUCCUGCAGUCACCAUGUGCUUCUUGGAGAAUCUGAACUACACCCGGGCAGACCAGGAAAUAAAGAAACUCUGGGGAGAUGUUGAAGAGUCCAAAAUGCAGUACUACCGGGAUUUCCUGAACGCCUUGACCAACGCGUCCCUGCAUAACUUGAAUGAGUUCGAGAAAUUCCGAAAUGACACGACUCUGGACAAGAUAACAGACCUGGAAGAUCUAGCGAGCAAGGUACAGAUUGAUCUGAAGUACGACAUCAGUUUCAUGGAUGAAAAGACACGCGUUAAAUUUCGGCGGACGCUGACCGAGACUGGGCUCUGCUUCACCUGGGGAUCCAGUGUGGGCCAUCUCUUCACCUCCCGGAAAGCCUCGCCACCAUCAGCGAGUGAAACAUUGGUGACGUCAUGUCGUUAUGAAGAUUUGCCGUGUGGAAUUCGCGUCUCCAAACUGCUCAGUGACGUUAAGUUUUACGUGCACUCUACAGACGAUUUGCCUAUUAUCGGCACAAAUAAGCCACACUUGGAGUUCCGGGGUUCUGAAAGCCAAGUAUACGUACAGCACAAACAGAUUGUGGCAUCGCCGGAACUCCGGCGUCUGGACCCGGAGCAAAGAGGCUGUUUGUUCCGGGAUGAAGUGAAAGCCCAUCGCUCGUUAUUCAGAACAUCGAAACUUCCGAUCUACACCCAUAACCUCUGCAAGAUGGCGUGCAGGCGGCGAAUGGCUGAGAAGUUCUGUAACUGCAUACCAUUCUUCUACAGAACCCUGGGUGACGGGAAUAUCUGCAACGCGAAGGGAAUGGCUUGUCUUUCCAGUUUUAAGCACAAUCUGACUGAAGACGUGUACAAGAGGAAAGGACAGUGUUUCUGCUACCAGGAAUGCGAGUCCACGGACUACGCAGUUGACAGCAAAAGCACAUACGAACUGGAUUCAGACUACACAUAUUCCCGCGACUCCGUUCAGUUCUUCGUGGGAAUUAAGAUUUUUACGAAGACUCGUCUUAGGCGAGAUAUCAUCUACAGCUUUGAAGACCUUCUAGUGUCUUUUGGAGGCACUGUAACUUUGUUCCUUGGAUGCAGUAUUUUGAGUUCCGUUGAGUUACUCUAUUACUUUACGCUGCGACUUGGUUGCGAGCUCUGGAUGAAGUACCAAAAGAAGGGUAAAACGCAUCCUCUACCUGAAGUGUCGCCGAAAUGCAGUACGAGGUAGGGGUUUGACCACGUACAUACGAUAAGCCCAAAGAAACAUAUCUCAUAAACACACGGAAAUUUGAAAAAAUUGUAUAGCACCAAUAAAGUUAUGUGACUAAAUAAAACUAUGUAUUUUAA